CCACUGAGGCCAGUUGCUGACAUCCCACUCUGCUCUUCCCUGCUGCCUCUUCUCCAGCAAGGAUGUGGCUCUUUCACAUUCUCUUCGUGGCUGGCUGGGCCACACUUGUUGCCUUCAAUGUGGAUGUAACCCAGCCCUGGCUCACGCCGGAGGGAGGUGGCCCGUUCGUGCUCAGCUCCCUGCUGCACCAAGAUCCCAGCACCGGCCAGACAUGGCUCCUGAUCACCAGCCAGAGCACCAACAGGACCUCAGCACCUCUGCAUCGAUGCUCCCUCACCCAAGAUGAAAUUGUUUGUCAGCCAUUAGGGCAUGUCCCUAUCCUAAAGGGGAGGCACCGGGGAGUCACUGUUGUCCGGAACCAGCAUGGUGUGUUGAUAUGCAUUCAGGUGCAGGCCCGGCCACCCCACAGCCUCAGUGCAGAACUCACAGGCAACUGCAGCCUGUUGACCCCUGACCUGCAGCCCCAGGCCCAGGUCUACUUCUCUAAUCUUGAAAAUCUACUGGAAUCUGAUGUACAUGUGGACACUGGCCACUGCUCCAGGAACAAAGGAGGCCUCCCAGGGGAGGAGGAGACCUUAGCCAGGAGGCGUCGGACCCUAGAGAAGGGAGAGCAGCAGGAAGAGGAGGAAGAGGAGGAGGAAGCUGGAACUGAGAUUGCCAUAGUCCUGGAUGGCUCGGGGAGCAUCGACCCCCCAGAUUUCCAGAAAGCCAAAGACUUCAUCUCCAACAUGAUGAGGAACUUUUAUGAGAAGUGUUUUGAGUGCAGCUUUGCCUUAGUGCAGUAUGGGGGUGUGAUCCAGACUGAAUUCAACCUUCAAGACAGCCAGGAUGUGAUGGCCUCCCUUGCCAGAGUCCAGAACAUCACUCAAGUGAAGCAGGUCACCAAGACUGCCUCGGCCAUGCAGCACGUGCUAGAUCACAUCUUCACACCAAGCCAUAGCUCCAGGAAAAAGGCAUCCAAGGUCAUGGUGGUGCUUACUGACGGUGAAAUAUUUGAAGAUCCCCUCAACCUCACGACUGUCAUCAACUCUCCGAAGAUGCAGGGUGUUGAGCGCUUUGCCAUUGGGGUAGGGAAUGCGUUUCAGGAUCCUAGGAAGGACAAGGAACUGAAGCUGAUAGCCUCGGCCCCCAGUGAGACCCACACCUUCAAGGUGACCAACUACACGGCCUUGGAUGGGCUGCUGAGCAAGCUACAGCAGAGCAUCAUCCACAUGGAAGGCACCGUUGGGGACGCCCUUCACUACCAGCUGGCACAGACUGGCUUCAGCGCCCAGAUCCUGAAUGAGGGGUGGCUGCUGCUCGGCGCCGUGGGCGCCUUCACCUGGUCCGGGGGCGCCGUGCUGUACAGCCCCGCGCAGCGCCGGGGUCGCUUCCUGAACCACAGCGCCGAGGCCGCGGCCGCCGGGACCGCACGGCACGGAUACCUGGGUUACUCGGUGGCAGUGCUACACAAGGCCUGUGGAGUUUCCUACGUCUCUGGGGCUCCGCGGUACAAGCAGUGUGGGGCAGUGUUUGAGCUCCAGAAGAAGGACAGAGAGACCACCUUUGCACCAAGGCUGGAGGGAGAGCAGAUGGGGUCCUACUUUGGCUCUGAGCUGUGCCCUGUGGAUGUGGACAUGGACGGGACCACAGACUUCUUGCUGGUGGCUGCUCCAUUUUUCCACAUUCGUGGAGAAGAAGGCAGAGUCUACGUGUACCAAGUACAUGAGCAGGACGGUUCCUUCUCGUUGGCACACACACUGAGUGGACAUGUGGAGUUCGGUGGUGCCCGCUUUGGCUUUGCCAUGGCCUCUGUGGGAGACAUCAAUCAGGACAGGCUUACAGACGUGGCCAUUGGAGCCCCCCUGGAGGGCUUCACAGUGGAUGAUGGGGCCAGCUUCGGCAGUGUGUACAUCUACAAUGGACGCUGGGAUGGCCUCUCUGUUAGCCCCUCACAGAGAAUCAGGGCCUCCACCAUGGCCCCAAGACUCCACUAUUUUGGCAUGUCCUUGGCUGGUGGUUUGGACAUCAGUGGCGAUGGCCUGGUUGACAUCACCGUGGGCACGCUGGGCCGGGCAGCUGUACUGUGCUCACGACCUGUGGUUCACCUGGAGGUGUCCAUGAACUUCACCCCCAGUGCAUUGCCCAUUGACUUUGGUGGCCGUGUGAAUGUAGAUUUGUGUUUUGAAAUCAUUUCAGCAACCAAGGCUGCUGAGUCAGCCCCAGGCCUCAGAGAGGCCUUGCUCAACUUCACGGUGGAUGUGGAUGUGGGGAAGCGGAGGAAGAGGCUGCAGUGUUCCCACAUGACGGGCUGCCAGAGCUGCCUUAGGAACUGGACCAGCGGGUCCCCACUGUGUGAGUCCUUCUGGCUCAUCCCCAUGGAUGAAGAGCUCUGUGAGGAGGAUUGUUUCUCCAACAUCAGCAUUGUAGUCAGCUACCAGCUCCAGAUCCCUGAGGGCCGGAGAGGCCAUCCCAGCCCCAUCCUGGACCACUACACGGAGCCUUCUGCCAUCUUCCAGCUGCCCUAUGAGAAGCCCUGUAAGAAUACGCUGUUUUGCAUUGCUGAGUUCCAGCUGGCCACCACCAUCUCUCAGCAGGAGCUGGUGUUGGGUCUCACCAAAGAGCUCACCAUGAACAUCAGCCUAAUGAACUCUGGGGAAGACUCCUUCAUGACAAGCAUGGCUCUGAGUUACCCCAGAAACUUACAGUUUAAGAAGAUGCAGAAGCCGUUCUCUCCAGACAUUCAGUGUGAUGACCCGGUGCCAGUUGUUUCUGCCCUGGUCAUGAACUGCAAGAUUGGCCACCCCAUACUCAAGAAGUUGUCUGCAAACGCCUCAGUAGUUUGGCAGCUAGAGGAGAAUGCCUUCCCCUUUCCAAACAGGACAGCAGACAUCACUGUGACCAUCUCCAAUUCUGAGGAAAGGUCUUUGGCCAGAGAGACCCACAGUCUUCAACUCCGGCAUGCCUUCACUGCUGUUCUCCCCAGACCAUCAAUGCUGUACAUGAAUACAAGCCUGGGGCUUUCUGACCACAAAGAAUUCCUUUUCAGUAUAAAUGGAGAAAAUGUCUUUGGAGCCAAAUUCUACUUGCAAAUUUGUGUCCCAAUUAAAUUAAAAGGUCUCCAGAUUGUAAGAGUGAGAAAUCUGACAAAAACUCAGGAACGCACGGUGUGCGCUCAGAGCCAGGAGCGGGCUUGCGUGAGCCAGAGCUGGAGCGGGGCCGCGCAGCACGUGGAGCAAUGGCAUUUAGUGAGCUGUGCCAUCACAUCAGAUAGAGAAAAUGUAACUGUGGCUGCAGAGAUCUCCUUGGAUCAGGCUAAGCAGUUACUAAGAGAUGUAACUGAACUGCAGGUCUUUGGUGAAAUAUCUUUCAACAAAUCUCUGUAUGAGGGACUGAAUGCAGAAAACCACAGAACUAAGAUCACUGUCAUCUUCCUGAACAGCGAGGAGCCUUGUUCUUUGCCUCUCAUAAUUGGCAGCAGUGUUGGUGGCCUUCUGGUUCUGUUGGUGAUUGUAGCAAUCCUAUUCAAGUGUGGCUUUUUUAAAAGAAAAUAUCAACAGCUGAACUUGGAGAGCAUAAGGAAAGCUCAGCUGAAAUCAGACAGUGUGCUCACCGAAGGAAAUUAGAACCUGCUUUCUCAUCUAUUGGCAGAGAAUACCAACCAGUCCCCAAACAUCUAGACACUUUGAACUUCCGACUACAUUUCUACACAGUGGUCUAGAGCAGUAUCAAAUGAAUAGUAUUGUUUUUACCACAUAUUGUCUUCAAAGUAUCUUUGUAUUCUACAAAAAGAAACUUGAGAAACAUUACUAUUAAAGUUAGUUUUCUUUGUAA